AUGUCGCGGCAGGUAGAUAUAUUCUUACAACUAUUAUCUCAGAACUGUCGAGACUCAAAGCCUGCCAAUAUGACGGACAUGUGCCAGCGCCUCGGAUUUGACGUCAUCGGACACCUGGCCCUUGGCUGUGAUCUGAAAAUGCAGACCGAGGAGAAAAACCGUGUCAUGAUCAGGCUUCUCACAGUCGCCAAGAUGCGAGUCAACGCCUUUAUGCAUUUUCCGGCUCUACAGUCAUUCGAUUUCAUCCUCAAGGCUCUUCCCUCAAAAGAUGCUGUUGAAUUCAAGCGCAUCGUGACAGAGAUUAUCAAGAACCGUGUGGCAGAAGAUGACAGAGGACAGCAUGAUUUAUACGCACUCAUGGCUGACCAUAUCAAGCCCGGUGGCCUCUAUGACGGCAUCCUCUGGAGCGAGGCCAUCUUCUUCAUGACGGCGGGUGGAACUCCUCCCGCCGCAACCAUGAGCGCCGUCUUCUUCUACCUGUCGCGCUAUCCCCAGUGCUACGAGAAGCUGGCACGGGAGAUCCGCACUACCUUUGCCUCGGGCCGAGAUAUCCAAGGCAGCGCCAAGCUGUCUGCCUGCAAGUACCUGCGCGCCUGCAUCGACGAGGCACUGCGCAUGGCGCCGCCGUCCCUGGCCACGCUGUGGCGGGAACAAGCGGCCGACGACCCGCAGCGCGACGCCGGGCCCGUCAUCAUUGAUGGCGUUGUUAUCCCGCCCGGCACCCAAGUCGGAGUCAAUCUAUACGCGUUGCACCACAAUGAAGACUAUUUUCCCAACCCCUUCACCUUUAAUCCUGAUAGAUGGCUAGACGAUACUGAUGAAAAGAGUGACACUCACCGGGCGUUUGCGCCCUUCAUCAUUGGUCCCCGGUCUUGUGCGGGCAAGGCCAUGGCCUACCUCGAGAUCAGCCUCGUCAUAGCGAAAACAAUCUGGUACUUCGAGUUUGAAAAGGCACCAGGUCCCCUCGGCGACGUCGGCCAAGGGAAAAACGAAACCGGAGCAGGAAUCAGCCAACCCAAGGAGUAUGAGCUGUUUGAUAUGUUCAACGCCAACCACAAUGGGCCAUAUCUAGUCUUCAAACGUCGCACGGAUUGCCCCGAUGAGCUUGAGAACUAG